CCAAUUCUAAUAUGAUAAUUUUAUUUAUAAUUGAGUGCUCAUGUUCAUGCAUAAUUAAUAUGACGGUAGAUGUCGGGUAGUAUGAUUCGAUAAUUUUCAGGUAAAUUUUCCGAAAGCUUAGUAAAUUCAGUCGGUUGAGAGCUUUCUAAUAAUCAACAAUUCCUCUGAAUCAUGAAGAAACUUCGAGAUAAAUUAACAGCUUUUUGUGAUGAUUUCGAAAAAAAGUUGCUUUCCCACUUUGGUUUUGGUUUUCAAGAUGUAAGAUUUGAUAAAAUAGUUGAGCUCAUGUAUUCGCCCCGUGAUGCAUCCAGUUUAGCCGUCACGAGGAUCUUGUUUGGUCUAGCCAUGCUAUUCGACAUCCCGGACGAGCGUGGCGGUGCAUCCAUGGACCGGCGCUGGGGGGAGCCCCGCACAUGCCACUUCCCCCUGCUGCCGACAGUACACGCGCUGCCCAUGCCCUACAUGGCCCUCGUGUAUGCUGCCAUGUGGAUCGGAGCAGCAGGGCUCAUGCUGGGCUGGCGCUUCUGCCGCUGCUGCGUCACAUUCGCAGCCUGCUACUGGUACCUACUGCUAGUGGAGAAGAGCUACUGGAACAACCACAGCUAUCUGUUUGGAUUGGUCGUUUUGUUGCUUGUCGGGAGCAACGCUAAUUGCUAUUGGUCCCUUGACGCGUAUUUCGACCGUCGUCAGAGAAGCACCACGGUCCCGUAUUGGAAUUACUUCGUGUUGAAGUACCAGUUCUUCAUCCUGUACUUCGUGGCGGGGCUGAAGAAGGGGACGGCGGAGUGGCUGACCGGCUACUCGCUGCCCAACCUCGGGGAGCACUGGGUGUUCACGCCGUUCAAGCUAUUCCUGAGCGUGUCUCAGAUCGACUACCUGGUGGUGCACUGGUUCGCGUUCCUGUUCGACCUGACGGUGGUGUUCUGGCUGAGCUGGCCGCGGACGAGGCGCGUGGCCGCCGUCUUCUGCGCCGCUUUUCACUUGAUGAACAUACGUCUGUUCAGGAUCGGAAUGUUUCCCUGGGUAUGCCUGGCUACGCUGCCGCUGUAUUACCCGUACGAUUGGCCCAAACGAGUUCUCAAAAAACUCCAGAACAUAUACAUCAAGUUCUUCAAAAGAGAAGAUGACUGUGUUUGUAACGACGACGCUGCCGCCGUUAAUAACACUGAUGAUGAAACCACACCUAAUGAUGACAAAGAUCAAGAUGAUAAUGAAAAGUCUGAAGCACAAGACCAAUCUGAAUCAGAGGAGAAAGGGCAGACAGAAGACGCGGUAGAAAAAUGUGACUCUAAAAAGAAACGAACAGUCUAUUUUAUAAUAUUGUACAUGGCUCUACAGGCUUUCUUGCCAUAUUCGCAUUUCCUCACAAAGGGCUACAACAACUGGACGAGCGGCCUAUACGGGUACUCGUGGGACAUGAUGGUCCACACCUGGGAGACCAACUCCGUGGUCGUACGGGUCGUGGACAACGACAAGCAAACCCAGUUCUUCCUCGACCCUUACAUUUGGGCCCCCAACGAGCGCUGGACCCGCCACGGCGACAUGGUCUACCAAUACGCUCACUGCAUCAAACGGAACUUAUUGCAACUGAACGAAGAGCUAAACUUCAAUGACCAAUUGUCUACUAACAUUUCUAUUUACAUAGACGUGUGGUGUUCCAUGAAUGGUCGAUUCCAGCAGCGCAUGUUUGAUCCUAAAGUUGAUUUGCUGCGAGCGUCGUGGUCGCCGUUCCAGGCCGUUGAUUGGCUGAUGCCGCUGCUGUCAGAUGCGACCAGUUUGAGGGGUACUUUGGAUGAGAUACGUGAAGAGGUGCAUGGUUGGAGUAACCACAGUGACGUCAUAUUUGUCGCCGAUUUUCCAGGAUAUGAAUUAGAAAAUUACCUACCUGAAGAUCUGACGAACGUGACACUGACGGUGUUAGGCGGGCGAAUUGCGUACCAGCCAGAGGUGGACAACCAUCACGGACAGUCCUUCCUUCUCCACGCUGACGACCACAUGUUGGUAGCCCCUGGAACCUUCCACAAAGUCAUGAACGUGGGGCGAGACUCCGCCUACUACAUGUAUACGUUUAUAAAUGGAACGGAAGCAGGGAGUCCACGAAAGGAGGUGAAACCUGCGACCUACUUACCCAUCACCAAGGAGUUUGCAAGGAGGCUGGCUGGAAUGCGCACAUUUUUCCAACUGGUGCUGCAGUCUAUUUUUCAAUUGUUUUUUCGGCUGCCAGUGUCGAUAAUGAACGUGUGAGAUUAUAAUAUUUUAUAUAGUUACUUACCCAUUUCACACUGUAGCAUCUUUAAUUGUAUACCUACUUACUUUAUAAUCGCGAUUAUUGUAAAUGUUACAAACGUAACGUAAAAUUAACAUUGGUUUUCUAUGUAUUGU